AUGGCAGUUUUCUCCCAAAAUCCAGAUCUGAAAAAAAUUCAAGGAAAACUUGCAGAUUGUUUAAAUCUGACUCUAGAUAGAGAGAGUGAAGAAGGGAGAGCCGGUCAACUAUACAAUAGAUUGAAGAAUGGGAAAAAAAUCCUUGUAAUAUUGGAUGACAUUUGGGAUGACAAGAUUACAUUGAAGAAAAUAGGAAUUCCAGCAAAUACAGAUGAUAAUAGCAUGUGUUGCAAAAUUUUGCUGACCUCUCGAAGACUAGAAGUGUGCAAAAAGAUGGGGUUUCAAAAAACCUUCCAAAUUGGACUCCUAUCAGUAGAUGAAGCUUGGCAUCUAUUCAAGAGAACGGUUGGAGAUUUUAUUGAAGCUGAUCCUCAAAUUCAUUCCAUAGCACAACAGGUGUGCAGAGAAUGUGAUCAUUUGCCAUUGGCAAUUUGUGCAGUUGGAGGAGCACUGAACGGUUUGGAUGAUAAGCAUAUAUGGAAUGACGCACUUGAACAACUGAAAAAUUGUCAGGGAUAUAAAAUUGAUGGAGUGGAAGAAAAGGUGUAUACAUGCAUUGAGUGGAGCUACAAGUAUCUGAAGCAGGCUGAUGCGCAGUCAUGCUUUCUGCAUUGCUCUUUGUUUCCUGAAGAUUCUGAGAUUGCUAUUGACCUUUUGGUGCAUUUUGGAGUAGGAACUAAGUUUCUUGGAAGCACAGAUCGAGCAUCAAUGAAAAAAGCAAGAAAUAGAACACUUGUGAUAGUUGGUAUCCUCAAGAAAUCUAAUUUGUUGUUAGAAGGUAGAGAUGGAAAUAAGGUCAAAAUGCAUGAUGUAGUUAGAGAUGUUGCCAUAUCAAUUGCAUCAAAAGAUAAGGAUGCGUUUCCAGUGCAAGAGGGUGUUGAUGUUUGGCCGGAUAAAGAUGAUUAUACAUGUUGCAAAGCAAUCUCACUAAGGGCUUCCUGCAAUGUUCGUCGGCUUCCCGAUCGGUUAGAAUGUCCAGAACUACGCACCUUAGUAUUGGGAUCAUCCGAUGCUUCACGACUAGAACUCCAAAAUAGCUUUUUUGACGGGAUGAAAAAACUUGAAGUUUUGGUUUUGAACAAGGUGAAACUAGCACCAUCAUCACUUUCACAUCUGGUUGGUCUCCGGAUGUUGUGUCUAAGUGAUUGUGAAUUGGUGAACCUAUUUUUCAUCAAGGAAUUGAAAAACCUUGAGAUACUAGUCAUUGGUUAUAUUCAUGAAUUCAAAGAGAUGGUUCUGGAAAUAAGACAGUUGACUUGCCUACGGUUGUUGGAUUUAAAAGAAUUUAACGAAGAUAUAGGAUUUCCGUCAGGUUUCCUAUCUUGUCUAUCCGACCUGGAGGAAUUGUACAUUUCGAAGAAAUAUAAUGGAUGGAAGCUUGAAGGCAAUGCAAGCAUUGUUGAGAUAAAUUGUUUGAUGGGCUUGAUGGUAUUCCUUUGA